UCCCUUUAAACGCCAAAUGUCAAACGGGAGCAGCCAAUCCACCCAGAGGAAAUUAAACCCAUUGAAGCCAAUAAACAGAUGAUUAAGAUCAAAUUUCAAAAUCCCCAAGUGAACGAGAUAAAGCUAAUGGACCGUCCGAUCGGCAUCUAGACCCCCAGACUGGAUCCAUGCAGGAAUAUUAAUCUCUUUGUAAUUAUGGCUGAUGAGUAUCCAGAGCAAAAUACAUUAUCAUCCUUAAUCAAAAAGCCUCCAUCAGACUGUACAGAAGCUGAGCAAGAUAGCGACAGUGUGUGGAGCAGUGCCUCAGAGUGCCAGAGUGAGAUUGAAAGCAGAGGAACAUCAUCAGCCGAAUUAUUCUCCAAUGAACCUCCUACAGUGCGAGUGAAACCAGAUGAUGAGGAUGAGAUUGAGACAUUAAUCCGAGCUGCAGAGUUGCUGGCAUUAGAAAGAGCAAAGCUUCAACAGUCAAACUUUAAUGCUUCAGGGGAUAUAUCAGCUUCUAAGGAAAACACACCAAAGGGCCCUCAACAAGAGCUAGGACUUAGCACCCCCUUGAACAAUAUAAAGAACUAUUACAGCCAUUCACAAAAGUUUGUUGGGGAUAUUGAUUCAGGAUAUUUUGGCAACAAUAAAGAACCUAACAGAGCUGAUGAAGCUCUGACUUCUGGAAGCUUUCUUCAUGAAUCCAAUAUACAAGCUGCGAAUGGAGUAAAUGGAAAGUUCACUCACGUGUAUUCCUUCAAUAACGACAUACCAAGAAAUCACUGUCAUUCAUCGCACAGCACCAGCCGAGAUUCACAGACCAGAGAUCACUUCUUCACACCCAGCCUUGAGACAGCAGGCAAAAUGAACGUGGAUGACAUACCAAGAUUAUCUCUAGAUUCCAUGGGCAGCAUGAAUCAUGACAGAGAGGCCUAUGAGGAGAGAACAAGAGUAAGCAAAGAUGUGAAAGAAGUGUGUAAUUCUUCGAUACGAGAGUUUGCGAGCGAAGAAUCUCAGAAUCCUCAAGGAAGACCAUCAGUAGGGGGCCAUAGUGAUGGUGUCCCAUUUCGUGAGUGUUUUAGGAGUGGGACCUCAGUUGAGAUAUCAACCGCCGUGCAUGACGAGUGCAGUAAACUAUUGAAAUUAUCCCUCAACUCAACCAGCAGCCUUGCACAUGUUCUGAGGCUGUUGCGCCAGGUGUUGACUCUGCAGCUGAAAACAGAAACCUCUUGUGUAGCUGACAACGCACUUGAAGAGCUAGAGGAAUAUGAGGCCCAGCAUUCUACCUUGGAGGCCAGGCUUAACUCGGCAGCAGUCCAGCUACAGGGAGUCGUGUCUCAGAUGCAGGGUGUGGAAGCUCGUCUAAUAGAGCAGGAGGAGGAUGCAGCUCGAACGGAUCAGUGUGUCAUGCAGUUGUUGCAACAAGUUGAAGAGGGACUUUCAACAAGUGGCUUAGAGCAUUUCAUGGCCAUCACUUCUCCAAGAAGACGAAGCACCUUGCGGACCUUAGAAGAUAUUACGUCAGCAAUGACUCUCUUGCUUGGAGAACUCAAAAGGAAAACGUCACGCUCACGCAGUCUGGAAGAGGAGCUCCAGCGGUGCGCCCAUGAGAUAGACUCCCUGAGAGAGGCUGUCCUCCAGAAAGAAGCAAGAAUGAGAACUUCAGAUCUUGAACUUCUGCGCCUUAAGGAACACAACAGCCGGGACUACACCUCCCUGAAGCAAUGCCUGGCGCAAGCGGAGGAGAGCCUGAAUGACUCGCACACGGAGAGAGCACGCUUAAGUGAGCUCAUUAAGAAACAGACAGCUGAGCACGAGGGGACAAGACAAAGACUUCAGCACCAAGUUUCCGAGCUUCAGCGAACGAUGGACUCAAGAGUAAGUGAACUGGAACACGGUCUCCAUAAUGCUCUUAAAAAGAAUCAAGCAGACGAAUCGACAAUAAAUGAGCUUCGGAAUCAGCUCAGCCUCAAGGCAGAUCAGGUCAAACUGGUAGAUGAGGAGAAUGGACUUUUGGUUGAAGGGUUGAGAUCAACUCUGAAGCACCAGCAAGCAGAAAUAGAGCAGUUACGCUUGCAGUUCGAUUCGACCGUGGCUGAAAAGCAGAGCCUUUCAAAGAGGGUUGUAGAUCUAGAGACUCAACUGCAUGCGGAACAAGAAAAACAUGAGAAAGUGCAAGAGGAAGCAUCAGCAUUAAGGUCUGAUGUCCGAAACCUCAAAGUCGAGCAUGCUGAAACUCUGAAGGUCUUGCAGGACAAAGUGGAUAAUAGCAUGGCUGUGAAAUGUGACCUGGAGCGACAGAUACGGUCAGCUGAUUUUAAGUUUCUGCAGCUGCGGACGGAGAUGCAGAUGGAAAGGCAUCGGUCAGCAGCUCUGGCAGAGGAGAACAGUGAUGCUAAUAAGAAGAUUCAAAACCUGCAAGAACGUAUUUGGAGCCUAACGCGCAGGAAAAGAUUCAGUAGCGGCGACAAAAGCAAGAGCUUUGAUGACAGCCGGACUGGUGCAUCUUCCUCCAGAGACUCCAGUUCAGAAUACGGAAGCUGCAUCAGCCUCUUUUCCUCAAGCUUAAGAGCUGAUACUGUUGACCACGUGCAGUCUUUGGUGAAGGAUGUUGGUGAUGGACAGAUGAGAGAGGAACAACUUCAUGCAAUGCUACGUGAGAAGGAUCUUGCUAUACGCAGCUUGCAAGAGUCUGUAUCUAGCCAGAUUACCAGCAAAAAUCAAGAACUUGAAGAACUGACAGGGAAAGUAUCAAGUCUCGAAGAACAGCUGACAUCAUUACUCUCAGGACUUGAAGUCAGCGCAGCUAUUGGAAAUGUGACAACGGAAGUAGGUCGCCUUCUUCAGCAGAGAACAGAACAUUUGAAAUCCAUUGACCACUCCUCACAGUGGCUUCAAGAUGAAGUGUCCUCUCUUGCAAUGGAGAAUCACAUACUGACUGCAGAAUUAGAUGCUACAAAGAAAAAUCAGUUGGGACUAUCAUCAGAAGCACAGGAUUCAGCAAGAAGGGCUCGUGAAGAAGCACGACAAGAAAGGCUGAAUGCUACACGCAUGCAGGAAAAAUGUUUGCGCUUGCAGGCACAACUGGAAGCAGUACAGACAACUUUAGAUCAAGAAAGACAAGAAAAGAAGAUGAGGGAGACAAUUCGAGGUGUCAAGCAUCAAGAAUUCAGUUUGCUUCUUGAAAAUGCUGCUUCAGUUCAAGAAUCUCUAGAAAAAAUCUGAUCCGUUGAAGCGAGCCUAGAAUCAUUAUAUGAAAGUGAUACAUACUGCUGUAUUUAUUUAGUAAGGAAUGGAAUAAACUGUAACAUAAUAUGUUUGAAAAUUGGACAUGUUUGCAGAAGAAACCAAAUCAAAAUUAAUAAGAAAAAAGUUAGUGAUAUUUAUCUCUUUAUUUUUAGUGAUGAUUAUCUGUUUAUUAUUAAUUCAUAUUCCAGAAUUCUUGAAUUUCCCCGUAAACGAUUCUCAUACCCAUGUGUGCAGUGGCCAUUUUUUUUUUUAUAAGAUUUACUAAUGAUACCGGUGCACAACAAAGCAUGUCAGAAGGUACAGAUAUUGAUAAGCAUGCUAACUGCAACAUUUUUUCUGGUCAUUUAUGACUCUAUUUGAUUUACAGAUCUUUGCAAAUCAACAAAAAAAGUUAUGUUACAAAACACCUUAGUUUUGUAAAAGUUCUGCUCAUAUAUAAUAAGAACAGAAAAUGCAAUUUGUAAUGUUUGUUUGCACUUUUGUAGAGACAUACACCUUGUCAUAUGUUCUUUAGCCAAAGAAUAUGGUAUUUGUCAUUGCAUUUAGAAUAUUACAUAGUUUCAAUUAUACUGACGAUCAUUUAAUGUAUGUAUCUGGAUAAUGAGGUGUUUUGUUUUGUCAUAUGUAAUCUUGGAUGUUGUAUCGCACUUAAUUCAUUUCCCAGUAAGAAAUGUUGCAAGGUCUGCAGAAUUGAAAAUCUUUGUAAAUGUUGCCAAGGUAGAAAUAUAAAGCUACCUUUUGAAUGAUGUAUAAAUAAAUAUUUUUUUCCUUAUAAUUUUGUAGGUAGGAAGUAGUACAAAUAUAAAGCAAAAUUUAGAAUAAUAGCAUAGAAACAUUACUAUAAAUGAUUUUCAUGCAUAUCUUUUACAAGUGAGAUUAAUUAAUUAAUUAAUUAAUUAAUUUUGAUAUUAAUUGAAACCAGAAUUUUUUUUUUUUCUUUUAUUAAGGAUGAUAAUGAUGAUGAUGAUGAUGAUGAUGAUGAUGAUGAUGAUGAUGUUAGGCUCACAUUUAAUAAUAGAAGUAGUAUGAGGGACCAAAAGGAACAAUGUGAAGUCUUUCUGUUCAAUUUACUAUUCAGAAGGAAAUGAGAAUGUCUACGAACACUCCUUUUCUGUGUUUGACUAAAUAGAGUGUCACUGCCGUUCAUUUGGAUAAUGAAUUGCUAUACUUUAGUGUAGUGGAAAAACCUUCAUGCAAAUGACUUGAAUACUAUUUUUAUCUAUGAUUUGAUAUCAAGACAGUUUUUUGUAUAAUAUAAAAAAAUCUUAGGAAUAAACUUAGGAGAUUUUCAACAAGAGUGAUAUCAAUAUUUUAUUGUAUAACAUUGUGAUUUAUUUUUGCAACACAAAUUGUCUUUUAUAUUGCAAGAUUAGAUGUUAUGGACCUCUAA